GCCAACUUGAUGGAGAGCCGUGUGCGCUAAUCAAAUCUUAGCACAGACUACUAGAUUUAUAAUGGCAGUGCCUUAAAUGCGUUUAUCGGGAAUAAUACGGGGUUUUCUAGUGGUUUCAGUGGCUGUGAGAGGUUUUUAAUGUGUCCAAAAGUUCGAUAAUAAUGUUGAAUGUACCGCAAAAGUUUUAUACAUUGUGCCGUCUUUGUUUAGCGUGUGAUAACAACGGCAAUAAUCUGUUUGACAACGAUAAUGUACCGAGCAAUGUGCCCGAUAAGAUUAUGACGUGUUUGGAUAUUACGGUGACUAAAGAAGAUUCAAUGCCUCAAAAAAUAUGUCCAAAAUGUAUGGAACAGUUGGAAGUGUUAUCAAAAUUCAAGGAAAUGGCCAAAAAAGUCGAACAUCUACUUAAAGAAUUCUUAAAUUAUACAAAGCUACUCACAGGCAGUGAAGAAGAAAAAACGCGUCGAUCCGAAUCCCUCAUAGACCAGAUGCUGGUUUCAAGCCUAGUGCAAAAAUCUCGUUCAGAAUCUCCAAUCAGUAUUAAAUCGAUAUUAAAAAAAGAAAACGAAUCGCCGGAAAUAAAUUUCCCGAGCGAACCAAUGCUUAGAAUACGAAGCGAAAGUGUCCUUAAAUACCCGAAGCAGGUCGAAGCGCCGCAAGUGACGUGCACGUCGCUGGUGAAGCUGGAAAUCGAUGAGCACGGUUUGGAGGAAGCGGCCGUGAAACCGGAAGACCUGUCCCAAAAACCGAAACCUGAAAAUUUAACGUGCGUGCCCGAAAUCGACUUUAUCAAAGAGGAAAUCAACGAUAACGUGUCAGAGUACAGCAACAGCUCGGAUCCCGAACGGUUAGAAGUCGAUAUGUCGCAGGCGACAGAAGACCAUUCUAACUCGACCACACACAGUGCAAUCUCGCCUUUACCCGAAAUAUCCCACCCGCCCGAGGAAGACGCCAAUCUAUGGAACGCCUUAUCUCAAAACGGCUACAACCCGCAGAUGCCUUUAUCGAACGAAGCUACCCACUUGCUUCGAAAAUUGAUCACCUGUAGGAAGCUAGGGAUGAGCAUAACGAGCAUUACGCCGUCCUCGGGGCCUCACAUACUUAAUUACAGCUUGUUCCAAGAGAAAAAUCACCCCGAUCAACCGUUGAAUAUGGAAGUUAACAAAACGUCGGCGAGGAGAAAACAGAGCUUUCCGUCCAAGGCAGCCGUGGAAACCGAAAAUCAACGAAUGGAAACCGAUGCCAAGGACGACGGCGACGAGUACAUACCGGAUUUUACGGGCAGCAAUCCAUGGUGUAAUGUGCAAGUUGUGAAAGGAGGAAAAGGCGGUGGUAGUCCGAAUAUGCCCCGCAGGGUAGAUUUGGCGUGCACAAACUGCGGCACUCAGACAACGACAAUAUGGCGACGGAACAUGAAGGGCGAGAUGGUGUGUAACGCGUGUGGCCUAUACUACAAGCUGCACGGAGUCGACAGGCCUGUAACGAUGAGGCGCGAUACCAUUCACACGAGGCGUAGGCGGUCGAAAGCGGCCGAAAAAGAGAAAUCCGCACCAAAAAAGAGUGAAAGCAAUGACACUGAAGAAAUGUUGACAGCUUUAAGAAGACAGCUGCAGCCUCACUUGAUAAUGGCUUUACAGGGCCAAAAGAAUACGAAUUCGGCUCCACAUAAGCCUGCCAGAUUUCCGUUUUUGCCUACUUCCGGUGCGUCUCCGGGUGGUUCGGCGCCGGAAGUCGACUCGGAAGACGAUUGUAUGGAAGAUUUGCCUUUAAAUCUCGUCUCAACUCAAAUGACGGAAACGGAAACGCAUUAAACAGUUAAACAAAUGAAUGAAUGACGCAACAACAUGGCGCUCUGUCAAAAUUGACGUUUAUCAACGUACGUUGGUAGCCUUGUCAUCUGACAGUUUUGAUUCUUUAAUUAUUAUUUAUUAACAUUUUUUUGUUGAGAUUAAAAAGCUCUCUUUAACCCAGUACUUAUCCAGUAAUACUCAUUUUUUACACGUUGACUUAACUUUUGUACGUUUUUAUUAUUUUAUUUUUGCAGAUUGUGAUAUUUCCACAAGCGCAUUAUUAUUUUUUGCCGUCGAUUUUUCGACGUCGAAAAUCGGAAACAUUUACCAAACUUUUUUGCUUAUGCCAGUAGUACCUUAAUUUUUAGUAUUACCUGUAGAUUUUUUUACUUAAUUUAAUAAUAAAUCCGAAAUUAUUUUAUUUAUUAAAUCCAAAAAAUACUCCAU